AUGUCAGCCAAGAAACACCAUCCAGCUCCUCGCGAUCCUAUCCUCAAUGCCAUCAAUAUCCGCACCGUGCUCGCCCUCCUCGGCACACUUCUCACCAUCAAGCUCCUGAACCUGCUGGCACGCCUCACGGGGGUGCGACGCACCUCGCCCCGAUAUCCCUACAGCUACGUCGGUCAAGCCAUCAGUCGCAAAGAGCAACGCGUUAUCCAGAUCCUGCUUGAAAUCAUCCCCGAGAGCAGCACCUCGGUGAACACCAGUCUACCCUCCAACGCAGGCUUCUCCAGCACCGACGAUAGACCCACCACGGCCGACAGUGUCCCCUCCUCCAGUCUGGUCAUUCCUCUCAUGCCGGUGCCGUCGCGGGUCGUUCAACUGUCUCACAGCGCGCCUACCCGGAGCUUGGAGCUCGCGAUUGCCGAUAGAGACCGAGGGUUUGACGACCAUACGAGCACGCGCGCGAGCGUGCACUUCCUGGGCCACCAGCCGCUUCCUAGUGACUCGGUUUACUCGUCGAUUGUCCGGAGGAGUCUGUCGAUUAGUGAUCCGAAUUCCAACUGUUCGAGUCCGCAGCAGGGUAUGCUUCCCGGGGUGCGGUUCUCGGGGUUCAUGUCGGAUAGGUUGCGGUUUAGUAUUCUGAGUCGGCCGUGGUCGAUGGAUAGUGUGUUGGCGGAUGAGUCGCAGCCUGAGCAGGUUACGUUGGAUAUGGCACAGUUGCAGCAGACGCGCACGGCAGACAGCUAUCCGGGACCGUUUCCCAUCAGUGAUGGAUUGGAGCCGAGCUCGUUAGCCACGGCGCAGUGUGCCAACAAUGGGGCCAGCGAGGCCACGGCGGUGCGGACCUCGGUGAGGCCGUUUACCGAUGUGUAG